AUGGUGCACAGUAACUUCGUUCGAAAACAAUUUUGCAUUUAUGUCAAAAUAAUUCUCGUAGCAAGUAUUGUUGUUUAUUUUCUAUCGGUAAUCGUCAGCUUUAUCCCGAGCGCGAAUAGACGAACCAAGUUUAAAGAAAAUGGACAAAAAGAAACCAAACUGAUGACCAGUUCGACAUCAGUGAAAUUGACAAAACUUGAAACUAAAGGUUACGGGACAUCGAAUUAUGAAUCGUCAUUUCUCGGUCGGUGGACGGCUUUGGCGAAAGAUAUUUUUGCUAAAAAUGCUGGACUAAACGUUAACACCGAACUUCAAGGCAAACUAAACGUCCAUCGUUGGUAUUCGAUUUGUGGCAAUACUGUAGACAAUCUAAGGCGGCAUAUUUUAUUUCCAAAGCAUCCGAAACUACGCACCACAACUUCACUGCUUCGAAUGCGGACAACGCUUCGCGAUUUCGGACAGCGAAUUUUUGGUUACAUUCAUCCGCAGUUAAGUGGCACCUAUCAAUUCGCAGUGUCGUCCGACGAUUUUUCGGAGGUCUGGUUAAGUAAUGAUGUCACUCCGAAUAAGACGAACUUGAUCUGUCAAGUGGGUGGCAUGUAUAAGGGUGUUUACAUCAAGGGCUCGACCAGACCUGGACAAUUUGACAAGUAUCUCAGUCAAAUAUCACAGUAUAUUUAUCUCGAAGGAGGUAAGUGGAAAACUUGAGUUCUAAAAGCUAAGUAAGUAAGUGGGGAUAUGGUAAUCAUCUUUUGGACCAUUUGCAUUAUAGACUAAAUUUUGAUCUAGACAAAAAUUUCAUCACAGCUUGAAAGAGCAUCACAAAAUUAGUAAUAUUCCAAAGUUUCGUUGCGAAAUGUUGUAAAAUGCGGAUAAUAUAGCCUUGCGAAGUUUGCCGUUUUUCAGUCAUUUUGUAUUACAAACGGGAAAUUGAUGCCCCAACACCCGAUUGGGCUGUCAAUUUCCCGUGCAUAAUAAAAAAUGACUGAAAAACGGAAAACUUCGCAAGGCUAUAUUAUCCGCAUUUUACAACAUUUCGCAACGAAACUUUGGAAUAUUACUAAUUUUGUGAUGCUCUUUCAAGCUGUGAUGAAAUUUUUGUCUAGAUCAAAAUUAGUCUAUGAUGCAAAUGGUCCAUUGCACGGAGAUAUUUGAAUGCUACGUUCUCAAACUAGGACAUUACAUUUUCAAUUAACAUGCGUAUAGAAAUCAGAUUGUGUUGCAAUUUUGUUGCCGUAUUACCCCACCUUAAGGACGCCUCUGGCAGUCACCUUAUGACUAGUCACCUACUGCUCUAAGGAUCCUCAAACGAUCUGGUGCCCCAGCCAAUGAUUUAAUAACGGUCUUUUGUGCAUUUAUUCGUCCAGUUUUGGAAUACGCCUCACCUGUAUGGCAUUUUUCUCUCCCUCAAUUCCUCGCUGAUCAAAUCGAGAGUAUACAAAAACGUGCAUUGAAAAUCGCUUUCCCCCAGUCCUCCUCCUAAGAAACACUGGCCUUCUUACACUUUACCAGCGAAGAGAGAAUCAGUGCUUGUCAUUCUAUAAGAAUAUCCAUCAACACUCAGACGAUAAGUUGAGAACGCUACUUCCCAGUGCUAUAUCUCACAAAUUCAGUCUAAGAAAUAAACGCACUUAUCCUAUGUAUAAGUGCAAAACUGACCGAUAUAAGAACAGUUUUAUCCCAAAGUGUGUUAGAAACUGGGACCGACCAUAGACAUAACAAAAUAUUUUAUAGUACAUAUCAUUAAUAUAGUUUAUAUUAUAGUAGUUUUAAAUUGAACUUUUUGCAAAUUUAAAAAUUUUAAUACUAUCUAUGUAAUAUCACGGUUUUUAAAUUUUUAUUAAUUUACAAUGUGGUAAUUAUUAAAAUCAAUCAAUCAAUGUCUGAUCAUGGAGCACAGCUACGGUGAAAGGGUCAUGAUCAGUUGCAACUUGGGGGCUAAUCUUAACCCACCCUGUCAAUAUUCCCUGUGGAAGGAAACCAGAGUACCCGCCGAAGAAAACCCACGACUUUCGGUGGAGCGUUGACGGUUAUAAUUUAAUGAUUCAGAUCUUUAAUCUUUAUUUUGAGUCGUGUGUGCGCAGCGAUGCGAAACGUGAGAGAAUGAACACGAGCACGAAGCCAUUGAGGCAAUCCACUAAAAUGUCUCGGCAUCAACUAUUUCGCUGACCUCAGAAUGACAUUUCGUCAAAACGUUUUUCUUCAAGAUUGGUUUAGAAACAAAUUUGGAGUAGGGUUAGGUUAGUGUUAGGGUAAGGGUUAGAGUUAGUGUUUGGAGUAGGGUUAGUGUUAGUAAAACCGUUGCUUUGUUACGUUUUGUCACUCUGAGGCCAGCGAAAUAAUCUCUUCCAAAUUUCUCAUUGAACUUUUUUAGAUCGAAAGUACUACUUUGAAAUUUUACACAAACAAGGUGAAGGCCAAGGUCACCUACAUAUAGCGUGGAAAAUGCCCGGAUGGGAAUACUUCACAAUAAUCACAAAGGAAUUUUUAUCGUUGUUUACAAAAGAGGAACAAGGCCAUUCAUUGGUCGAUCCGGAAGAUCACGUGCUCUCUGACGAAAUGGUACUCGAACAUCACAAACAUGUUCGUUCUAAAUAUCAUAACUCAGGUGGAUACCGAAACUUUACGAAGCUUACCCGAGCAGAGGCGAUACCGCUGUUACGUCAUCCUCCAAAAAAGUUGUCCGUAUGUAACAAAGAGGAGCGGCAAUUUCCUGUUAAGUUGAAGCGGUAUCAAGGUAUAAGGUAUGCGCACAUUGCAGGAAUAACACAACUUGUAAUACUUCAAAUCCGACUAUGAAGAGGAGGACUUGAAAUCUAGUCCAGUCUGAAUUACCCAGAGGUGAAUUACCCUUUUCCCAAAAGAGAUCACAUUGCAUUCUGGGAUCGUUUGAAGGGACAAAAUAUGUGGAGACAGGCGUAAAAUAUGUGAAAGAGUAGAAGUGUGUACUAUCAAAAACCAACUUUUUAGACGACCAAAAAUGAAAUAUUUCCUUUUUACAUUAAUCACUUAAUUUAAAUGUGUGCUGCCAUAUUUCUUGUCCCUCCAACCUGGCAUUCGCGCAACUAGACCCAGGACUUUGGGAAAUGGCUAAUUCACUACUUAAUGUGAGGUGAAUUACUUUUGAUCCAGUCCAAGGACUGAAUUAAUUUUGAUUCAGUCCUAGGACUGGGUCAAUAUACUUCAUCAGGUAUCCAGUAUUAUCAUGUGAGCAAAAUAAAGCAAUAUGGUUGGCUAAUUUAUACUCAUGAAUUAUUAAUGAGUUCGAGAUUUGAGAAACAUUGUAGCGAUUUGCUUUUUUCCAUCUGAGCAGGGCCGCCGAGAGGGGGGGGCAGGGGGGGCAAAUUGCCCUGGGCCCCGAGGCUCUGGGGGCCCCUAGAAAUUUAAUGUUAGAAAUUUAAUGGGCCCCAGUCAUUUUUUCGGGCAAAAUAUUUCUGUUUUCGGGCCAAAAUAUUUGUGUUUUGGGGGCAAUGAACCGAAAUUUGGUAUGGAAAAUUGCGGAAAAGUCCAACGAAAGCAAUUAUAACGCACCUAAAAAGAAAUUAUUGUCCGAAAAAUUUUUUUCCGGAAAAUUUUUUUGCAAUAGGGGCCCCUAAAAUUUUUUUUGCCACGGGCCCCCGCCAAGCUUUCGGCGGCCCUGCCUCUGAGUAAUUAAGCCUGCUGCUGUAAGUCGAGGGCAGAUAUUUACUUAGACUUCUCUGUGCUUGCUUGAAAGCCCAUGUUAGUAAAGCAUAGAUAUCUUAUAUACACUAGAUAGCGCAUCUCUUUUAGUAAAAAUGAAGCCACGAAUAUUCCAGCGGUUACUCCCAUUUGAAUAGAUGGCGGCCAUGUUGGUCGUUCCCACUUGCUAAUAAACGCUUAAAAACAACAAUAACUUUCAUCAUUUGAAAAUGUAUUUGGAAUAGGUUUAACUUAAUGUUUAAGUUCCCUGUUUAAGAAAUAGAAAACAUACGAAUCUUCUCAUUUCAUGGGAACGACCUGAGACUGCAAUCACGGCUUCAAUUUUUGAAUUGCAGAAUAAUUAGAUGCACUAUCUAGUGUAUAUAAGAUAUCUAUGAAGUAGAGUCGUAGUUGGUUCUCUCCUGGUCCUCCAGUUUCCUCCCUCGCCAAAAACAAACCCUUAGGCCUUAUUUGCCGAGGAAGUUUCCAUGUAUCCAUAAUAACCUUAUUUGCCGAGGAAGUUUCCAUAAUCGUACCCUGUGUAGAAGUAUAACGCAUGUUAAAUAAACUCCUAUGAAAUUACAAUGCUUUGUAGAUUUUCCGCGUAAAAACUAUCUUUAUAUGUGAGAAAUAAAAGUUUUCUUUAUUGUUAAAAAUAGGUACGCACAGAUUCCCAACGUGUUCCCGCCUGAUGGCUCAGAUUUGGUCGUUCAAAUUUGCCAGAGUGCUAAAAGUCCUGCUGAGUGCAAAGGGAAUCCAUUAUUGGAAAAAGAGAAAGCUCAUUCAAUUGCACGGAGAUAUUUGAAUGCUACGUUCUCAAAGUAGGACAUUACACUUUGUUGUGUCUCAAACGUUGGGUCUAGCGUUUUCCAUUAGCAAUAGCAAACAAUUAGCAAUUGAUCUUAAUUAGUAAUUUUUCACACAUUAGGAGUUACUCUCUAAUCUCGGUGAUCAGAGUGGAAGACGUUUUGGAAAAGCACACGAAAGAUCAGCGUUAUUUCAUAGAACUUGAAAUUUUCGACAAUACUGACAAUAAAACAUGGCGAGUUGCCGAAAAUGUUGUUGAGAAAUCCGUCUCGGGUGAUCUAUGUUACCCUGUUGAGUCGUCAUGGGAACCUGACGUCACUGUCUACCUCAUCAUCACGGUGAAGAACCAGGGUGUAUGGAUACGUCAUUUUAUCGACAAUAUACUGGACAUACAAGAAGCGACUGGUGAUGAGAAUAUUCAUCCAAUUAUUGUGGAUUUUGGGAGUAGAGAUUCGGAUACGGACACAUACUUGAAGCGAAGUCGGUUGAAGCAUUAUUCAGGUGAAUAACUCUCCAACAGGGGCGAAACUAGCCCCUUCUAAUUAGGGGGAGUCUGCUAGAAUUGCCCUGCGAAAGCCGAUGAUGCCCUGCAGCAAAAAUAUUUUGGCCACUAUUUCUCCCAAAAAUGUUGGCGAGCGGGGAGGUAUGGGAGGUCGGACAAAUUCCUGUUUAAAACAUGCAUGAAACCCUUAUUUUUUUACCAAUGUCUGUAAAAUUUAGGUCUAUAAAUUCUAUUCAAUUCCCUCUGGAUGCCCUGGAAUCUACUUAAUAACUCUACAUUCUAUAAUUUAAAAUCUUUCAUUGCCCUGCCAAUCCAGAUGAUUUGUACUUGGGGGGGGGGGUCACACCCCACACACCCUCAAGUUUCGCCCCUGCUCUCCAUAUCUAUUGGUCUCAGACAGUAAGAGUUACAAGGCAGCAGAUGGUGGUAAUAUCAACACUUUUAAGCAUUCCAUCUAUUUGCCUCCAAAAUUCAAUAGUACUACAUGACUAUACAGGAUACUUUGCAAAAUUCAUGAAUAAUUGAUAAGGCCGGCUACAAACAAAUCACGACGCGGUAUUUAGGUCACAUGUGUGCACUUCUAAACCACAUUAAAGAUCAGUAAGUCGUAUUAGAGGGACAUUCAUGAAAAUUAUGAAUACUAAUUCAGAAGCAGGGAUGUUUAUGAUGUUUAUCAAUCCUAAUUCAGAUUUUAAAUGCACGCUAUUGAAGCGUGAGAUUGUCCUCAUGUGCAGUGAAUACUAAUGUGGACGCAGGGGCGAAACUUGAGGGGUGUGUGGGGGGGUGUUGCACCCCCCCCAAAAUACGAUUGGCAGGGCAAUCAAAGGUCUCUGGCAGGGCAAUCAAUAGGGCAAUCAAAAGUCAAUUUUUUGGCAAAUUGAGUGAUUUUUCGAAAAUUUGUGUUAUGUUCCGAAAAAUAUAGGUUGUCCGGAAAAUUUUUUUGACCCCUAAAAUGUUACACAACAGACCGGGGGGAGGUCGCAGAAAUAAUUUUUCCGGAAAAAAUUUUUGGGUACCAGUCGGGAAAUUUUUGGCAGGGCAAUUCUGGUUUUGGCAGGGCAAUUCUGCCAGACACCCCCCUAAUUAAAAGGGGCUAGUUUCGCCCCUGUGUGGACGUGGACUUGUACAUGAAGCCAAGUUUUCUUUCUCGUUUUCAGUGAUUCACAAGACAGGUCAUUUCUACAAAACAGCAGCCAUAAACGAAGCAGCAAAUUCGGUGAAGAAUGAGAACAGUAUUAUAUUCUUGCUUGAUCUGCACCUGGAUUUGCCAGUCAACCUUAUUCAAACCGUUCGUAAGGUAAACACAAAACACUGACCUAUAAACUUCAUACUCCAAGAUAUCAAGUAGUUGUUCUGCUUAUUGUGUUGCAUUAGCUGUCAAAGAUGCAAAGAGAAACAUAUUCACGUGCACGAAGGAUGGGGAUAAAUUCACGUGUUCCUGCAUUUCUAAAACAGACAAACAUGGAAACGAGGCCAUUGGGGCAAAAAUGCGAUAAACAAUAAAUUAUAUUAUUAUACAAACUAUCUUUUCUUUUUCACGUUUGUGGAUCACCCCUCUCUAAUAUAAAUCAUGAUCAGACCAAUAGGCCAUUGCAUUGCACCAGUGCAAAAAUGUUUUAAAAUUGAAUUAGCAAUCAGAACUGAUUUUCUUCGUUUUUUCUUUUAAGCACACAAUCCAAGGGGACAUGGCUUUCGUUCCACUUUUAACUCGGCUCAUGUGCGGCAGUUCGCCAGAUUUUCCUACAGGUCACUGGGAAGAACAAGGAUACGGGCUUUUUGCCAUCUAUAAAUCUGAUUGGUCGAGAUUUGGCGGAAUGAACGUGAAGGAAUUUUCUGACCACUGGGGUGGCGAAGAUUGGGAGAUGAUAGACAGAGUCGUCGCUAAAAGUAUCUUUGUUCAUAAAUUGAAAAUGCCGGGACUCUUUCAUUUCUUUCAUAAUAGACGAGGGAUGUGGGACAAAGCGGUGUGA